UGAAACUUGGACAACGAAGUUGCUGAAAGUAUAGGAGUCCAAAGGCACCCCAAACCGCGUCCGUACAGACUGCAAGCCGAAGUUUUUUGGAUUGGGCGGGAAUGCACUCCAAACGCAAGUGCAGGUCCUUGACCCUGUUUUAUUAUUACCGCAACACCAAUCAGAUGUUGCGUCAGUUGUUCAUUCUCACCUUUCAGCGACUGCUGCACACCAGUUCGCGCAUUUGUUGCGCUUCCUCGAUUUCGGGUGUCUGUCAUCUUGUCUAGUGACACGUCGGUCCACGCACACAGCGCCUACUUACGAGUCAGAAGGCAAGAAGUGACUUUUUCAUUACGCCUGUAGGUGUCUCUGGGAAGCUAGCGUUGAAAGAGAAUUCAUCUUUACGGCACACCGAUAGAGUACAAGGUGUACCUGUAAUUACUUGCACAUGAGUUCGGAGUGGACAUCGCAGGAGCAGAAAUGUGACCUUGCUAUUGAGCGGAUGCGCCGUGGUCGAUGCUCAGACUAGUGACCUAUUUAUUCAGCAAAAGAACGGAUGGCGGGCGAGAUUACAACGGAUAGCUUCAGUUCCGUCUCUCAAGAUUUCGAUGAUGCUCGUCCUUGCUCGUUAUUCCGCCACAGUUAGCCCCAUGCCAUUAGCGCACAGCCCUGCUCCGGAAUUCGCUGACGCAGCGCACUUACAUGACAGCUUCCACUCCGCAAGCUUCGAUUGCGCACGGGAGUUUCCGCCACCUGAGUCGCUCGACAAUCGCGAUGCAACGGGAGCAGUGAGUAAAUCACCUCUCAGCUGUCGAGCUGCAUUUCCGAAUCUUGAUGUGGAAUUAGGCUUCACCGCACAGAGCGCUUUUUUCCAUCCGCCGAUGUUUCAGACGACACACUCGCAUCCGUCGAGCAAGCCGCGUUUUUACGUUUGUAGCUCUGCCCGACUGGACCUAAAUCUGAGGAGCUUGACGGUGCGCACUGUUGCUGAAUCCGCGAGAAGUGCUGCCAGCGGCCUCAACAGCGUGAGGUGUGAUUGAAUGAUGUGCGCUUUCUGUUGUCACUGAACGCCCAAUUCUGCGCUUCUUGGUUUCUCGUGCGGUAGUACGUAGUUGCGUGUUGACGGGCAGUUGGUGGCGUGGUGAGCCGGACGAACAAGUAGCACGCGAGUGGACGGGAUCGUCGUUUUCCCCACCGGGAUUCUCAUUUAAUGCAGGAUGGCUCCUCCGCGUGAUGUUACCCCGGUGUCACCGCGGUCACCCGCGGAGACGGACACAGCUGUUUGCUCGUCGGUCAUUUGUGGCUCUGAGACUAAGCUCGAGGAAUGGCCACACCCCCGGUUGCCGCCCUUCUCAAUAGACUACAUCGAGUUGCGCUACCCGAAAGUUGCUAUUUUCCACAAUGUGAGAGAUCAACCUAUUAUGCGAUACACAUGGACCACUACCACGGGCCCUGCCCGCGGUGCAGUUGUUCUUCUUCAUGACCAGGGCACACAUACUAUGUUUGAGUGGCUCAAGCACUUGCCGCCGCUCUCUAUCGAAGAGCGCCAGCAGAUGGAAGAAGAUACGGAAGCCACGGAAGUAGAGAAAAAGGAGUUCAUGCGCUUGCGUAAGGCGUCACACUAUGAGGACUCGUGGGUGCAAAAAUUCAAUGACGCGGGCCUGGACGUGCACGCGAUUGAUCUCCAGGGCCACGGGCUCUCGAAGGUCGUCGAAGGGAAGAACUAUGAAUUGCCGUCUAGUUUUGAUGAAUUCGCUGAGGAUGCUUGCUGGCUCCUCGAAGAAGUUUGCCGCAAUUCAACUCUGCCCAUUUUCAUCAUGGGACAGGGUCUGGGGGCGACGAUUGCUGCGCGUGCUGUUGAGAUGCUUGCCCGCCAAGGGAAGCUGGGGAAGCCCCAUGUUCCUCCGGCGAAGCCUGCCGAUGCAGUGGGUGCUUCGGAGCAGUCUACAACAACAGGGACUUCGCAGAGUUCUGAGGCGGGACGCGAGGUUCCGGGUAUGCAAUACGCCACGGACCCUCAGUACUGUCUUCACAGGGGCAAGGGAAAGAAGGAGGUUCCAGUGGAGCACAUCACAGUGCAGGCACGCCCAAUCCCGAUUGCUGGACUUGUGCUGCUGUCCCCUCUGCUUACGCUGAAGGAAAUCACUCCCGAGGAGAUGCGUAAGGGAAAAGGCAAACACACAGAGGGAAUUAUGACACGAAUUGCGCGCUGCUUUGGAUCUACCCGCGAUUCAUCCCACCCACUAGGGGGCUUGAUGGGCUUCCGGAUGCAUCAACAAAACCCACUCAUGCCCGAAUAUAAUGUAUGGUACAAAAACGACACCAUGACAAUCAAGGGUCUGACUCCGCAGACGAUGUACACCCAGAUUGCUCACGGCAUCGAUUCAGCAAUGGAUGACGCCCGAUGGCUUCUUACGCCCGUUGAACGUGAUUCAACGCAGACCUUUUCUCUGAAAGACUGGCAAGAAAAGCAUCGUCGAUGGAUGGAAAUGAUGCGCACAAAGCGCCCGAACGUUUUGGCCACUGUGGUAGGCGAAAAUAAAAAGAAUGCUUCCGAAGCUCCGGACCUGGCUCCCUGGCUCAAGGACGAAGUUGAGAACCAGGACUCGUCCGUGAAGCCUUGGCGCCUGCACGAACUGGCAGCGGCUCAGGAGGCAGAAAAAAACGCCUCUCGUUUGCCUCAGGAACGAAUUCUUUCGGAGAGGGCAAAGUUAGCGUACUAUGUGAACGUUCUGUUAGUUCAGAGUCUGGCGGACACAACUGCAAAUCCCCGUGGCGCUGCGUACUUCUUCAAGAGGAUUGGAGGCCGCAUCCAGGGCUCCAGGGAUAUUCUCGUUCAACUGGGCGAACUUCCAGAGGAACAGGGACACAGCGGAUCGUGCGUGUCGUGCGUGCAUCCCGAUGCUUGCCAAGAAGAUGAGUCUGAGAAGGACACUGCGGUUGAAUUCAGCACCGAGAACGACGACAGUGGCUAUGUCGAAGUAGUCACAAAUCGCCCACUGAGCGCGGAGUUGUCUGUUCAGUCCCAAACGUCCCAGCCGAGACCAGUAUUGACCCACACCGGCAGUCGGUCUUUCGGCGAGACUCAGGAUUCACGGUAUGAGGACACUGUGGAGGGCCUUUGUCUUGGGUCCGUCACUUCGCAUAGUGGGGAAUCUGCACAUGAGAACAGCGAAGCGAGAGACGAAGCUGCGUCACACGAAGAUGCGCAAUCGCAAGAGACGGCGCAAGGGGACAACCAAGGCGUACAUGAGCGUGUGAAGAAGCUGAUGGAGGUGAACAAGAUCCUCGACAAAGAAAUGCAGCUUGCGACUAUGGAAGAAGGGACAGAUGGUAUUUUGCGCCCAGGCACGUUUGUUCGACCUUCGCACUUGAGACGAUUUGACACAGAAGACAUACAGAGGGCGAAGCGCGAGGCGGCGGAAGGCUUCGUUGGAGUCGAGGAAGUCCAGUGGGUGAAGGAGGUGCCAGCGAGUGGUGCAGGGCUGCUGGCGUGCUGCGGAGGCUCUACAGGGCGAGUGCAACGCGUUGACCUCGUCGAGGCCAAGGUGAGGCUGGUCGAUAAGAUUGUCAUGAUGGAAGCCACUGAUACGGUGAAGGCAAUGAUCCAAGAAAUCGAAGAGCGUGAACGUCUUCAAAACGAGAAGGCAAAUGAGAGGAGACAGCUAGGCGGCUGGUUCUUCAACUGCACCGCUGAGGAGAAGCCGGCUGAAAAGCCCGUACCGGAGCCCGUUAUCAGUCAGCAGAAGCGGCUUUGGAGACAAGUGCAGGGGGUCAUCGUUGAUGAGAGCGGUCGCCGAGUUCCUGUCGAAGAAGUCGAACGCCUACGAACUCAAAAACCAGAAGACUACAUGCGUCUUUUCUUCCGUUAUGGCGCUGCAACCAGCAGUGGUAAUCAUGCGCGCACGGCCAUGUGGCUUGUUCCGGAUAUGUACCAUUCACUUUGCCAGGAGGACAAAGAGGGCAAGCUUGUCUCCAGGCUUCUUGACAGGUGGAUUCUGCCAGUACUCGGUGACCUAGAAGAGCGUGAGCUCGUCUGGCAAGAAAUGAAUCGCUCUGCUAAGGACGUUGAGGCUGCACAGUGACUGGUACACUAAACCAUCACCGGGCUGAUAUCCUUGUUAUUGACUUGGCCCGAGGACAAUGGCGUUGGUUAUUUAGUAUCGCAGUUGGGCGUACACGGAAUGGCCUAAACACAUGAUACGGGAAGGCUACGGAAUACGCAGAAAACGGCGGUAUGUGUCGGCUGGUAUCGGCGGCAUCGCCACAUUAAAGCUCAGCCAUUAAAGGACACCGGUGCAUCGAUGGAAAAAUCGUCUCAACUGGCAGGCUGGAAAUAGUAAACUGUUGAAUACCCAUUCCAAUGUUUCCUGAUGGUGUACGCUUGCGGCGAUCGACUGGCAGCGAUUACCUGUAGCCAGGCAUCGUUGUGCGGAUGUCAGAUUAGCACUGAUGUAUGUAUGUGUCUACGCAGAAUCACCGUACUACAGCUUGUGCCACCAAACUUUCCGCAACGUUGCUCCCACGUUGCUCUCAGCUCUGCUGAGUUAACAACACUAUGCAAUUAGGGUGCAUGAGGAGAGCUGUACUCUCUUAUAACCAGACUCCCAUGACCUUACUUCGUGUUCAUUUCCCGCCGUUCGCGCUCAGCGUCGGACGGUCAUGUUCUUUGUUUCACCGUGCGUGUAAUCCUGGACUGGCGUGCGCGGCGUUUGUCUAGCAAAUUUGUGAAAUAAACUGUACAUCUUCAGGAUAGCGGCCCCCAAAACCGUGGUGCCAACUCGUAUGCAGCUUCAAAGAACAAGCCAUUUUGGCUCUACGCUUUCAAAAGGGAAACACAUUGAAACCGGUGCAGGAAACGACAUGACGUCUUGCAUCACGAACAAGCAACAAGGGGGAUGACGGCCGUCCGCGAGCGACCGCACAUCCAGAUCUCUUAAAAGAGUCACCGUCAUUUGUUGACUGUCAUGUUGUGGUCGGGAUACAACUACCCUGCAGUGAAUCUGAGCAAAGACAGUGGCCGGGUAACAUUCAAUAAACGCAGGAAUGCCCUCAACAGCUACGCACAUGAAGGGCAGUUGUUAGAAGAGAGACAAAGUCUCACUCAAGUCUGCUGGAUGAACUGGUGUUGACGAUGGGCUGCACUGGACUGACGCCCUUUGACACAGAAGCCGGUUUUACGCGUUCCCGUUUGAGGGCGUUAUGAUCCCUCUUUCUAAACCAGCCAUGCCGUAACACUCCACAGCGAAACGUGUCCCGGACUAUCGUUCUGUGGGGUGGAUGUGACUGCGGAUCACUCCAUGAAAAGGGCCUAAGCCGACAGGUACCUAUGCUUGCUACAAAAAUUAUUUGGACACAGCUCGAUGACAUCGAUACAGCAGGCAGAAGUAAUUAUUGUAUAUAUGUAAUUUUACAUAUGUGAGUUCCUGCUACACGCCAUGUGGACGAUACAGACAAAUGGACGACAUUGUGCAGAAACUCCUGUGGGUAUGUAGUGUCACUGGAGAGUAUCUUCGUCCUAGCACGGCGGAACAGUUUAUAACCGGGACCUCCCAUAUGUGAGACAUGAGGUGCAUCGCUUGCAAGAUAUCUGUUGGUAAAGGCAUAUCUUGCGUAAAUAGAAGUUGGUCUCUAUCCGAAAAUUGAAGGGGUCCUGCAGGGUACUCAAAAUGUGGAAUGACGCAACGAUAAUCCAAACCGUUUUCUUGAAAGGACGUGUGACACUUCUUCGUCACUGAUGUGGAAGUGACACAAGCGUCGCGCGAGGUUUCCAACGGUCUGCCUGGAGAUGGGUGAAACCACCAAUAAAAGGUUUAGAUACCAUCAUUCAUUAAGAUACCGCGAUAAAGGCAUUAUCACGGACACAGCCGUCUUGAGGCAGUUCUUUACCGUUAAUGCCACCAGUUAUUGUUCUGCCGAUGUGCUGUGUUUUUAUGAAAAUCGUUUCUGUUUACCAAAGAAUAAAUGUUUGUUUAUGAUUUCGACU